AUGGCCGCCACACGCAACACACCUGUGUACCUCUUCAUCCUCCCGACACUUGCCUCUUCGCUCCUUCCAUCCCCAUUACCGUCGAAUCUAAUUCUCGAUACGACGAUCACGGACGGAUGGCAACACCCUCCAGUCGCCCGGCUCGAGCAGAGAUUCAAGGACAUGCACCGUCUAGAUCGUGAGAAGAAGAUCCAUUCGCCAGAGCUGUACGCAAUAUGGAACGCAAAGCCUUGGCUCACAGAGGAGGGGAUGAGAAAAAGCCGCAGUGGAGAAAAAUUCGAGUGGGAUUAUGUGUUUUGGGCGGACGCUGGUAGCUUUCGAGAUACAUGGUACAACGGUGGCUCAUGGCCACUACCUAAGAUUCGCAGGACGUGGGAGAAGGUUGGUGAAGACGAGAUGGACACCGAACACAAGGUAUUCCUUCCUCUACAGCAUGCCACGACGAAGGAAUUGGAAUUGGAAGGAGGCCUGAGACGGUCCUAUCGACGAGGAAAUAGCGAAGCGAGUUUUUUCGGCGGUUCUCCAUCUACCAUACGGUGGUUCAACUCAACGUUCGACGCGUAUCGCAACUUUUACAUGUCGCGGUCGUUCUUCAUCGGUAAAGAGCAACCGCUACUCAAUUCCCUCAUUCUCCUUUUGCCCUCCCGUUUCAUCCGUGUACAUGUAAACGAUCCCUAUGCUCCUGCAUACAUUCACCCAAAUUCGAUGCUGGAUCAUCGGUGGCUUCGGUCCAUCAUGAGAAGAUACCUGAGGAGUUUUUAUGAAACUCGAGCUCUGGGUCGAUGUCGGGGGGAAUACAUGUAUUACCAGUUCUUCUUUGCGGACAAACACACCAGGCAGAGACUUCAGGAUAUGUGGUUAUCUGAUUUACACGAUAGUUGGGAUCAUUGGUUUGGAGGUGGAGAGAAUCCGGGAGGAAGCGAGAAGUGUAGGACGACUCGGGCAAUUUCGUUACUAGAAGCUUUCAGGAAAGAUGAUGUUUUGGGACCUAAUUGGGAUCCCGCCACAUAUAGAAGCAUUGUAGUACGACUCGGUGGCAUUCGGUAA